ACAUUUCACUUCACAACGAAUUUUAUGAUGACACUUUGACAGCAGCCAAAUAAAACAUGCUUGUUUGAGACUGUUCACAUAAUUCGAUUUAAAUUCGGUAUAUUUGGCAGUUAAAUUAACGAAGGAAAAAGGAAAACAGCAGUAUAUUGUCGGGCAUUGUAAAAUGGAUAAGAGUAAAAAGUCGAUCAAAAAGUUUCCCAACACAAAAAAUGACAAAAAAGCUCAAAUCAAUAACGAGAUCAUUCAACUGCAAGGAAAAUUUAAGCAGGCCAAGAUUGUUACAAUUCGCAAAAUUGUGAAUAAAUUGAAACAGCCCGAAAAAAAUUCAAAGCAAAAUCGAGUUGGCAAACUGGAACGAUAUCAAAAUGUUCUCAAUCAACUGAAAACCAUGUCACCGAAGCGAUUGGGUGUUUUAGCAUUGCUCUAUUACAAAACUGGAAAGAAUUAUUUGGCAGAUCAAAAUUCAACGGUUGAACAGUUGGCUGUUGGUUACUUUUGCGAACACAAAGCCGUUGGUGUAACAUUGGAUGCAAUUCGAAAUAAAUUGAAAUUGGCCGAAUCGUCUGAAUGGAGGAAAUUGGUUAAGAAGCUGUUUAAGAAGAAAGAAAAAUCAGAAAACGUCGAAAAAAUGGAAAAGAAAACUUCGUUCAUUGAAAGUGAUGCAACUGAUACGAGUGCCAUUGAGAAAAGUAAAAAUAAAAAGGCCAAGCAAAACGUAGAGACAAAAGGUAAACAAGAAAAGUCGACAAAACUACAGAAGAAGCGAAAGGAAUCGGCUGCGCAGCCAGAUGAACCAAGUGAAAGUGAUGCAGAGACAGAGGUUAAAACGAACGAAAUGAAUGCUUCAGAGGCACCGACAACUGUUGACGACUUUUUCAUAACAGCCGAUGGUAAAAACUAUUUAUCGAAUGCCGUUGUAACUCGAAAACAAGAAGAAGACACAGUUGACGACGAUGCCAAUUCCCACCUUGGCAAAGGCUUUGAAAAGAAACCGAGAGAAGCAUCAUUCUUCCAUAAGAGCGACAAAAAACCUGUGAAACUUGCCACAAAUCGAUUUGAAGGCUUAAAACGAAAGUGGCCCAAUGAAAUUGAAGAGAUAGUUCAUAAGAUAAAAGAAGCAAAAGUAGAUACACAGCUACAUCCAUCUUGGCAAGCGAAACAAAAACUCAAACCGACCAUUACCGAAUUUAAGGGAACCAAAAUUACAUUCGAUUAAAAUCAUUCAUAAUUUUCCUUGUGAAUCGUAUAUUUUUAUUCAAAUAAAUUAGAUAUGAAAAACA